GCGCAAUCAUCACGCGUCUCUGCGCUGUGCCGCCACCUAUGAGUGCGCGUGAGAGGCGCACGUGAGACACACAGGCGACGACGCACCGCUGAGGGACGGAGCUCCUCUGCUGCUGCUCACGGGAGACAAAAUGUGGCUUCGAGAGGAGCUUUUGAAGUCCAUAUGGCACGCGUUCACAGCCCUGGACGUGGACCAUCGUGGGAAAGUUUCCAAAUCUCAGUUGAAGGUGCUUUCCCACAGCUUGUGCACAGUGAUGAAGAUCCCUCAUGAUCCGGUGGCCCUUGAGGAGCAUUUCAAAGAUGACAAUAAAGGGCCUCUGUCCAACCAAGGGUACAUGCCUUACCUCAACAAGUUCAUUCUAGACAAGGUGCACGGGGAAUUUGAUUUGGUGGAAUUCAACAAGAUUUGCUGGCUACUGUGCUACAAGAAAAAUAUCUGCACUAAGCGUCUCCUCUUCUCGGAAGACAAAGCUUUCAAAGUCUGGUGCAUUUUCAACUUUUUGUCCGAAGACAAAUACCCACUCGUCAUCGUCACCGAAGAGAUUGAGUACUUCCUGCAAAGGCUGUCGGAGGCUAUGGGGAGUGGAUGGAGUGAGGAGAAGUUUGCAGAUUACAAGCUGCAGCUCCACACAAAGAAUAACUGCCUGACGGCCUGGGAGCUGAUCGAACUGCUGGGGAUGGGUUACUUCAGCCACGGCUUGAACUCACAGAUCCUGUCCAUGGGUAUCACCGAAGUCUUCCAGGAACUCAUUCUGGAUGUGCUCAAGCAGGGAUACAUGAUGAAAAAGGGACACAAAAGGAAGAACUGGACAGAGCGCUGGUUUGUUCUUCGACCCAAUUCGCUGUCAUACUACGUCUGUGAGGAUCUCUUGGAGAAGAAGGGAGACAUAAUUCUGGACCGAACAUGCUGUGUGGAGUCUCUGCCAGAUAAAGAAGGGAAGAAAUGCCUCUUCAUUAUCAAGUGCAUGGAUAAAAGCUUUGAGAUUAGUGCAUCGGAUAAAAAGAAGAAGCAGGAAUGGCUUCAAGCUAUUCAAACAUGCAUCCGGCUGCUGAGGUUGGGGCUGUCGUCUCCUCACCGCGAAGCCCGGCUGCGGCGCAAGGAGCUGCGGCAGAGGCAACAGGCGGAGGAGGACGACGUGAGCGAGAGGAUGAGGCAGCUCCAGGUGGUGAACGAGAACAAGCAGAGACAGCUGGAGGGUAUGAGGAGGAAAAUAGACGCGGCUGCAGCUGAAGCGGCGAUGGAGGAUCACAGGAGGAAGCAGACGGAGUUAGAACUGCAGGAUCGCCACCGUCUGGACCUGGAGAGAGAAAAAAUGGUGCGUCAGCAGAUGGAGGAGCAGGUGGCUCAGAAAUCCUGUGAGCUGGACCAGUACCUCCAGCGCGUCCGGGAGCUGGAGGACAUGUACCACCGGCUGGAGGGGGCCUUGGAGGACGAGAGGCAGGCCAAGCAGGACGAGGAGGCCAUGCGCAGGCUGCAGGCCAGGCUGCUGGAGGAGGAGGCAGCAAAGAGGGCAGAGCUGGAGCAGAUCCACCUGCAGCAGCAGAGGGCGCUAUCCCAGACCGAGGCUGAGAAGCAGGAGCUGGUGGCCGAGCAGCGGGCCAAGGAGAGGGACCUGCAGGCCGCCAUGCUGCAGCUGGAGACGCUGGAGAGGGAGCGGCACGGAGCCCUGGAGCAGUACGAGAAGAUGUCAAUGAAGCUUGAACGAGCAACUAACAAGACCAAGACUUGGAAGGACAAGGUGGCCAAACACGAGGGGCUGGUGCGUCUCAUCCAGCCAGGUCACAAAGGACCUCAGAGGAUCACUAACUGGGGUCCGGCUUCAUUCACCGAUGCCGAGCUGGAGCUAAGGAAGAAGUCCUGGCAGGAGAGUAAAAACCAGGGGGCUGCGGCUCAGUGAACCAUGUGAUUUGAUUUGGGUUAGUGUAAAAUAAAAGAGCUGUGACUAACUGCAUCAGUUUAUCGAUUCUAGCAAUAGAAAAUAGUUUGACAAGAUCUUGAAUCAUUUCAUUUGGAGAUUCUUAGCCGAUGCCGUUUGCUCGGCAGUCUUAGAGAUGGUGAUCGCCUUAAAUUCAAAAUAAUUUACGCUAAAACUAUUCAACUACUUUUGCAGUUUUUUGUGUUUUGACAUAAACUUUUAGUUGUAUAACAGUAGAUUACAUUCGACUGUAGUUUGGUUUAUUAGCUAAUUUGAUUCUGGUUAAGUCAUUAUUAAGAUGAUUAAAAAAUAAAACCCACCCUAUUUUCUAUGAAAA